AUGGUAUAUGCUGAAAUACCUGAUAAAGAAAGCGAUCCUCUUGCUUUUGCUGCUGUCGAAAACUACAUGAUCCAUGGCCCAUGUGGUGAUGCGAAUAAAAAAUCCCCAUGCAUGCAGAAAGGAAAAUGUCAAAACCAUUUUCCAAAGAAGUUUGUUAAAACUACAAUUGUCGAUGAUGAAGGAUACCCACUACAUAGAAGGCGGGAUACUGGCGUAUUUAUUGAGAAAAAAUUAGUCAAAUUGAAUAAUCUUUUUGUUGUUCCUUACAAUACGAAUUUAUUGAUAAAGUUUGAUGCCCACCUUAAUAUCGAGAUCUAUAAUCAACACAGGUCAAUCAAAUAUUUGUUCAAAUACAUCAACAAAGGGCCUGAUAGAAUAACAGUUUCUAAACAGUCUAAUAAGGAUAGUGGAGCGAGUUCUGAAUCUACUAACAGUGGAAUGGUGGACGAAAUCAAAGCUUAUCUUGAUUGCAGAGAACCUGCAGUUGAGAGAUUACCAUUCCACCUGGAGAAUGAACAAACAAUAAUCUUCAAUCCAGAUAAGUGUUUAUUAACAUAUUUAGAAAGUAAAGCUGUUACACAGACUAAAUUAACAGAGUGGAUGAAAUGCAAAGAAGAAAACCCUCAAGCAAGAUCAUUGACGUAUUAUGAUUUUCCAACUAAAUUGGUUUGGAAUGAUACAGAAAGAAAAUGGAUGAAAAGAAAAAAUGAAAAAUGUAUUGGCAGAAUCUACUUUGCAUUUCCAGAUACUGGCGAGAAAUAUUAUUUGCUAAUGCUCCUAAAUUUAGUUAAAGGAGCAACAUCAUUUGCAGAUAUUAGAACUGUAAAUGGAGAAAUACAUCCUACAUUCAAAGAUGCAUGUUAUGCUUCAGUUGUUAGUCCUGUAGAUUUGUGGAAAAAAAAUGCGGUUAAGUUAUUUGAAGAUAUGUCAUAUAUUCUGAAACAGCAAACGAGAAUGCAAACAGUUAGAUUCAGUGAUGAACAACUGCAAAAUCAUGCAUUGAUUGAAAUUGAAGACUUGAUUAAAAAGGGAGGGAAAACAAUGGUUGAUUUCCAUGGAAUUCCGAUUCCAAAUCGUUCUGAAUUCGAGAGUACAUAG